AUGGCCGCCACCGCCACCAACGCCCAGCUCUACCAGCAGUCCCACAUGGACCAGCAGAUACAGAUGCCCGUCCCCAACCUCAACCACAGCCUGCCCCCCGUACCGCCUCAGCAACAACAGUCCCCCGUACAGCAGACCCACUACCAGCAACCCCCACAGCCGGCGAGCUUGUACGAAGAGGGCGUCAGCUCAGACCUCGCAGAUGACAGGCAAAGCCGGUAUGCUAGCCAGCCAGCACCUUUAUUAGACCAGUCCCAUCUCCGCCCCGGCAACCAAGCCAACCUGCUAUCACACGACCGCACUCUAGAACUCUACCGUUCCAAUGCCAAAAAAACGAAUGACCCCGAGCUCAUAUUCGAGUUCGCCGUAUUCAUGAUCGAUGCCGCCAAAGGCAUGGUUUCCCCGGCGCAAGAGGCCGACCCUGCACCUUCGCCCCAAGUCACCAAGCAGCUCGAAAAGAGAGAAGAGAUUCUGAAAGAAGCGACACAGCUAUUGAAGAAGCUGGCGGACAGAGGGUUUUCGGACGCCCAGUACUUUUUGGCGGAUUGCUUUGCCAACGGGGUCGGCACAGUGCGAGGGAGGCAAGAUUUCGACCGGGCAUUCCCGCUGUUCAUUCUCGCUGCCAAGCAUGGGCACCCUGAUGCAUGCUACAGGGCAGGUACCUGCUGUGAGCACGGAUGGGGAUGCAGAAGAGAGAGUGCGAAAGCAGUGACAUUCUAUAAGCGAGUCUACGUCUCACCGGCUGUUGGCCUCCAUCCGGGAGCAAUGUACAGGCUGGGGACCGCCGAGCUUAAUGGAUCUCUUGGCCUUGCUCGCCGACCCAAAGAAGGCGUCAAGUGGCUCAAACGAUCUGCCGAACACGCGAACGAAGAGUUCCCUCACGCUCUCCACGAGUUGGCUCUCCUGCACGAACGCGGUAUCGAGAAUGUCGUCUUUGUGGAUAAUGACUAUGCCGCCGAGCUCUUGUCAAAAGCUGCUGAACUCGGGUAUGCCCCAAGUGCGUUCAAGCUGGGAGAAUGUUACGAGUAUGGCAAGAUGGGAUGUCCCACGGAUCCAGCUUUGUCCAUCCACUACUACAACAUUGCCGCCCAGCAAGAUCACAAGGACGCCUGUUUCGCCCUCACUUCCUGGUACCUGAUGGGAUCUCCUGGUGUCUUGCCUCAAUCUGACACUGAGGCUUACCUAUGGGCAAAGAAGGCUGCCGAGUUGGGUCUGGCCAAGGCCCAGUACGCUUUUGGCUACUUUACCGAGACUGGUUUGGGAACAGACGCCAACCCCGCCGCUGCUCAAACGUGGUACAAACAAGCUGCCGAAGGCGGUGACAAGCGUGCUGCAAAGCGGUUAGCAGCGGGCGGAGGAUCGAGAAGUGCGGCACUGGACAGAAGACUCGAGAUGGAAGCGCUCAAGGAGGAGAGAAGCUUACUGAGUCAUUCGGCGAAUAGCGGAAGUAAAAGUGGAGGUGGAAAGGACAAGGACAAGGACGGAUGUCUGAUCAUGUGA